AUGGAACCUUAUGAAGAUACCGAGUAUAUUUGGACUAAAAGAACAUUUGAAGAUCCAAGGUUUUAUACAGCCUCUUUUGGUAAAAGAAAUGUUGAAAAAAAAAAUGUAAUAAAAAAUGAAAAAAAGUCAAAAAAAGAAGUAAAUAUGAGUAUUGAGAAAAAAAAAGAUGACGAAUUAAUUGAUAUAAUGGAUCCAAGAUUCUAUUCUACAGCAUUUGGUAAGAGAACAAUUAAAUUAGAAGAUUUACAAAAUAUAGAUCCACGUUUUUUUUCUUCUGCAUAUGGUAAAAGAUCAUCAUAUGAAAUGGAUGAUCCACGCCUUUUCUCAGCAGCUUUUGGAAAAUAA